ACCCGACCCGAUUCGGCCGACAGUAUGAAUCAAAGAUUAUACUGAACUGACUGCAGUCUCACCACCAAACACUCACUCACUUACAGAUCAUCAUCAUCAUCAUCAUCAUCAUUAUCAGUAAUUCUUGAGAUAUGGAUUCCUCAGCAACCGCUUUAUACAACCAUCUCAAGGAAGCAAAGCCGUUUUUCGUGUUAGCCGGUCCCAAUGUGAUUGAGUCCGAGGAACAUAUUUUACAUAUGGCAAAACAAAUUAAGGCUGUCACUACCAAACUUGGGUUGCCGUUAGUAUUUAAGUCGAGCUUUGACAAAGCUAACCGAACUUCCUCAAAGUCUUUUCGAGGGCCUGGAUUAGCCGAGGGAUUGAAGAUCCUUGAAAAGGUGAAAGUGACUUAUGACUUGCCCAUAGUGACCGAUGUACAUGAAGCUAGCCAGUGUGAAGCAGUCGGCAGGGUUGCAGAUAUAAUUCAAAUUCCCGCCUUUCUAUGCCGACAGACUGAUCUUCUAGUUGCAGCUGCCAAGACUGGUAAAAUCAUAAAUAUAAAGAAAGGCCAGUUCUGUGCUCCCUCCGUCAUGACCAAUUCGGCAGAAAAAGUUAGACUGGCUGGAAAUCAAAAUGUUAUGGUUUGUGAAAGAGGGACAAUGUUUGGAUACAAUGAUUUAAUUGUUGAUCCUCGCAACUUUGAGUGGAUGCGAGACGCUAAUUGUCCUGUUGUAGCUGAUAUCACACAUGCAUUACAACAACCUGCUGGUAAAAAGUUGGAAGGUGGUGGUGUUGCCAGUGGAGGUCUCCGGGAGUUAAUUCCCUGCAUUGCAAGGACAGCAGUUGCUGUAGGAGUAGAUGGCCUUUUCAUGGAGGUGCAUGAUGAUCCACUUAGCGCUCCAGUUGAUGGUCCAACACAAUGGCCUCUUCGUCAUUUCGAGGAACUGCUAGAAGAGCUCAUGGCAAUUGCUAGGGUUACCAAGGGGAAACAGCAAUUCAAAAUUGAUCUCACUCCAUUCAGGGAGUAAAAGGUCUCAGAGGCUGGUCUCAGCGUGUGAUAAACACAAGACAAGAUCAUGCGCUGAGGUCAGAUGUGCCUGAAGGAUCAUUAUCUAUUCAUCAAUGUCUUUAGAAUCACCCAUUUGAAAAACACAUUGUAUCAGGUUCUUUUUGUGUUAUCAAUUUGAGUACUAGUGUUGUGUAAUUGAUAAUAAACACGUGUGUUCUCCUGAAGAUUUAUGAUUCGUGUUCAUGUGGACUAAACCAUCUUGUCCUUGUGAGGACUUCUUUAGCCCAGGAUGUAUCUAUUUAAUUGUACAUGGUUGUUCAUUUAAGGAUACAUUAUUUUAGACA